AUGGUAACAGUGGUUUCUAUUGUGAUCACUAUUGCUAAAAAUAAUUUAGCUUUUCGUGGAGACAAUGAGAAGAUUUAUCAAGAAAGAAAUGGAAUCUUUUUAAGCUUAAUUGAAAUGCUUGCUAAAUUUGAUCCAGUAAUGCAAGAGCACAUUCAACGUAUUCAAAGGAGUGAAAUUCAUUACCAUUAUCUUGGCCACAAAAUCCAAAAUGAAUUGAUACAGAUGUUAGCGAGUGAGAUCAAGAGUACGAUUGUGGCAAGAAUCAAAGAAGCGAAAUAUUUUUCAAUUAUUCUUGAUUGUCCUCCAGAUGUUAGUCAUGAAGAACAAAUGUCUCUUGUGAUAAGAUGUGUAGAUGUUUCAACUAGUCCGGUAAAGGUAGAAGAAUUUUUUUUAGAAUUUUUGAAAGUGGAUGAUACAUCGAGGUUUGGACUUUUUAAUGUACUUAGAGAGGCAUUGCACACACUCCAGCUUGAUAUUGGUGAUAUAAGAGGGCAAGGGUGGAAAAUUUUCAAAGACAAUGUGGAAGGUCUCACACUUAAGCCAUUAUCACAAACUCGUUGGGAAAGUCGCAUUGAAAGUGUUGAAGCUAUACGGUACCAAGCUCCACAAAUUAGAGAUGCUUUACUUCGGUUGGAAAAAGAAGCUGAUGAUCCCAAUACAAAGUUUGCAAUUGAAAUGGAGAUUGAGCCUACAUUUCGUGAAAGGCGUGUCAUUCGUAGAAAGAAACAUUUUGAUGAGAAUGUUAGUGAAGCGGUUGCACAAUCAGGUGAAGAAUCCUUUAGAGUUAAUUAUUUCAUAUAUAUAAUAGAUCAAGCUCUUUCUUCACUUAAGAGUAGAUUUGAACAAUUUCAAAUAUAUGAUGAAACUUUUGGAUUUUUGUUUGAUUUGAAGAAGUUAAAUUCUACCAAUGAUGAGUGCUUGAAGACUUAUUGUGCUAAUCAUGAAGACUUUUUGAAACAUGAUGGGCUUAUGGAUAUUGAUGGGAGAGAUUUAUUUUCUGAGUUGAAAGUCUUCAAAGAAAUUUUGCCAAAAGAAAUCAAUAGGCCAAUUGAGGUGAUGGAUUAUUUGAAAUUGAUGGAUGGUUGUUUUCCAAAUGCCUGGAUUGCGUACAGAAUAGUAUUGACUAUUCCAGUUACCGUUGCCUCUGGAGAAAGAAGUUUUUCAAAGUUAAAAUUGAUCAAAUCCUACCUUCGAUCAACAAUGUCACAAGAAAGAUUUGAUGGAUUAGCUAUAUUGUCUAUUGCAAAGGAUUUGGUAGAUAAAUUAGAUUAUACAAACUUAAUUAGUGAUUUUGCAGCUAAAAAUGCAAGAAGAGUAGUAUUUAAGUGA